UUUUGUGCAUAGUAAAAAAAAAAAUGAUUAUCACGUGUUCAACAAUAGAAGUUUGACCGUAGAACACGUGGAGCGCCACAGGCCGGACCACCUGUUAUCCUGAGUAUAGCGUCAGCUGAGAAGUGACGACAGAGACAGAAGAUACUCGGAGCGGAGUAGCGGAGCCGCAGCCGAGUCAGUUUACAGUCUGCCGCGGUCCGGUCGAUAGAAGCGUGUCGAUCGCGCUUGUCCUGUCCACUGUUGUCGGUGUUAGGGUUAUGUUUACGUCGGGGUAAUGUUUAUGUCGCGCAACGUCAAUAUCAACGGCAACAAGCCGAGGCCACCCGUACCUCCGAGGCCGAACAAACACAUUUUGGACGAAGCUAUCGCUAAAUCCAAAGCGAAGACGACGGUAGUGACACCUGAUGGUGUGAUAUCUCCGACGAAUAAUAGCAGUAACCAUUUCAAAACUAACCUCAACGGUUCGUUGAAAAAUGGCCAGCACUCCAGAGCUAGGGCGGACCUGGGGCAACAUGUGCACGAGAACGAACCCAUGUUUCGCCAAAACGGACACAGAAGACCGACAGUUUUGCUGAUCACCAACGGAAAAACAUUGGUGCAAGACGAUUUUCACAAAAAGGACUCGAAAUCACAAUUUCAGGUUAAGCCUUCGUCUUCUGGAAAGGAAACUCCUCCAAAGAUAAAACAUUCCAAUUGGUACCAAGUCGAAGAGGAAAGCGGAAGACCUGUUAAAUACUCUAGCUGUCAGAUUACUCUAGAUGGUUCUUCUUCUUCUUCUUCCAGCCCCAUCAUCCAGAGGCCCAGGGCGGUCAGUAUGUCAGCUCUGCAAGGCCUACCACCACUACCGAAGAGUUUAAGUGGUAUCAACCUGUUGGAAAGUGUUAAAGUGACAACACCGACACCCAUGCAGACUGAGUCACCGAGAAGUACAGGCUCCCAUCAGUUAAGGAUACCUUCGACACCUCCACCACCACCCCCUAGUGAGCCGAAAAAACAAACUUUACCUACACAAAGAAAAAUGACUACACUGGAUACUCAAUUGGCAAUUUUAAGGAAAGAAAUGUUCAGUCUACGAGAGCUGGAUUUGUCGCUGUUGUCUCAACUGUGGUCACUCAACGAGUCCAUACAAGAGUUCCGUCAGAUGCAGGAAGCAUUCUCACCACCCUCCCCCUCAUCUGAUGUAGAGGACGACAUCAUAUACUCCAACUUGAGUGCACUGCCUGAGCACCAGGCUUACCCAUUGUCCAGCAGUUCUUCACGCUCCAGUACUAUGGACCUUGGAGACGUCUGACAUUAC